AUGCUUUCCUCUGACUUGUCUGUGUUCGACACGGUGCUUCCAACACUGGACGAUGGCAGCAAGACCUUGAUCCUUUUUUGUGUGCAAGCUGUUCCCUGUCUUCUCACUCCCGUUCUAUUGGUUAACAUCAACCGCUUGGCAAAGUCCUGUCGAAGAAGUUCGCCGACGGUCGCCGUUGAGCGACCGUCACCAGAAAUACAAAAAAAGGCCCAAACUGUUUUGGAAGUGAAAAAAUUGAGCACUUGCAAGGCAUUCAUGGACUGUGCCUCCGGCCUCUCUAUAGUUUUUGCUGUCUUCGUGUGGAUUAAAUCCAGCUACGUUGGCCUCGCGGCCAUACCAGCCUUUGACCUUUGUUUGAUGCCAGCAACAUUGCUUUGGUUAGGUUUUGUGGGAGUUUAUCAGGCAGACGUUUUGCCUGGGGGCAAACAUACAGUGACAGUGCUUUCACUCUCCUACAAUGUGGUGUUGCUCUACAACCAGAUUCUCAUUCGAUGGUUGGAGGUUACGGAUCGUGAUUCCCUUCUCUUGGUUUGCAGGCUUUUGGCUGGUUUCGCUUUUUGUGAUCAUCGCAAGGCUGCAGUGAUGCAGAUAGCUUGGAUCAUGCUGAAAACCCAAACACCUCCACAUGUCAGCAAUCCUAACAAUGGCCUCAACGAGGAACUUAUGGUCCAGAAGGCAGAUGUGAAUGCUUCUUUGGACGCAGCUCGCUCCGUCCUGGCAAGCCAAUGUGAUGCUGAGGCCUUCCUCAGAGCAGAUCUUCGUUUCCACAACCCCAGUGCCAAAAUGGCCCAUUUCUUUGGCAUGAAGACCGAAGAUCUGAAAGAUAUACGUUUGGUUGACCUUCUGGAUAGCCGCGAUGCAGCAAGGUUUGAAAAAUUGGUUGCAAACUCCGUCCAAGGGCUGCAUGUGAGUGGGACAAAUGAUGAGAAACGUGGACAGCAGACUGCAGCAUCUCUGAAUGUGACCUUCAAGCACGGCUCUGGGCGCCGCAUUGAGACCCGCAUUUAUCUUGGGUCUGUUCCUGGCCUGCUUGGCAAUGAAAGACCUGGUCACUUGAUAGCAUUCAAUGAAGUCAGGGAUAUCAGGGACGUCCCAGAGGAGUACUCCAAGGUUGUUGAAACGGACAAUGCCAAGACGGUCAUCUCCCAGACUAAAGCUGUUCCGAAGGCUGAAACACAUGAGGUAAGAGCUGGAGCCGCUGCGGCUCUAUCUGAGCACUUGCCAUUGAAUGCUGAUACCUUGGCUUUUCAUGCUUGGUCCUACAGCAAACGACUUCUUCUGCAGAAGCUGCGGGCAGCAUUGAGCAGGUGA